GUCAGCAGAAGCUGCGAGUUCGAAGACGCGGGGGGAAGCGGACCUGGAUAAAGCUGCUGAGUCACUCUCUCCUGGGGGGGGGGGGGGGAUCCACGCUGCAGACACCGGAGGGGACGCGAUGCCGUACAUCAUGAUCAGCACGCAGAUUCGACUGGAGACUGGCCCGACAAAUGUGGGGGAUGAGUUCUCCGAUCCAGAUGUGAUGCUUUACCUGGGAGCCAGGAAAACAACCGUGCUGGGAAACAAUUUCUCCGAGUACCAUGUGGACGAGCCGCCACGUCUCGUGUUGGACAAGCUGGAGAAGAUCGGCUUCCGCGUGCUGACGAUGACCGGGGUGGGACAGACGCUGGUGUGGUGCCUGCACAAGGAGGCCACGUCCUUUUGAAUGGAUGGAUGACUUGUGCGGAAACAGCUUCUAUUUUUCAAUUUUUUUCUUCUAAUGUUUGUGUUAACUUUGGUUCUCUGCUCCGUGUGUGUACCACUGACAUGAAACUUACUGAGCCAAGUCAGACAAAAUAUCUUAAAUUUGAGAUUAUCCCAGACGCAAGGUUCCAGAUCACGUUGGAUAGUUGACGUGUCAGGGGGAACACCGAACUACAUUCCACAGAUUGUAUGAGGCUAUUUGUUCAUGUUGUUUGCGGUUUACUCCUGAUGACUGGGUUUAAGUUUACGGACUGAGGGGGCAGAAUUAGAUCUUAAUUAAAGGAAAGACUGUAGAGUCAUGAAAAGGCCUCACCCAGUACAUAAAAGACUAAUAGAUAGGUUUGUACUGACAGAGCUGUGCAAGGAUGAUUUUGUAAGUUUGUCAUGAUUUAAUGAUAUGAUAUGGUUUGCUUGUAUAAUUAAAAAAAAUAAUGAAUAAAAUAAUGAAUCCUUCUAAUAUA